AUGGCUCCCAAGAUGGCUGUCGGUCUGUAUUUCAUCCUCUUUUACAUCCUCUUCAUCGAGGCCUGCUUCCCCCUGGACCAGGCAAACUGGUCUCUCCUCAAUCUCAAACGCAAAUGCGACAAAAAGACCUCGUCCUGCGACUACAGCUUCUUCAUCAACGAAGAGACAAACAAGCUCUUUCCCUGUAGCUUCCACGUCGUCUCCAUGCUGCCCCAGAUUCCUGCCUCCAACCUAACUUUCGAGGGCGUCAAAUGCACCGACACGGACAAGUACAACAUCUCCCUUGACCAUAACGAAGCAGGGCACCACAAUUAUUUGUCGGUCGUUAAACCAAAGGAAGGCCUUCUUUCCUACUUUGAUUUCGAGGACGAUGAGAUCAAGGACGGCGCCGAAGCAAAGACGAAAACGUCAGAAGUUUACCCCCUCACUCCACCGGAGAAGGGAGGACAGCCUUGGACCCAGAACCGGCAGGGCAAUGAAACGAACAAGGAGCUUGAGUAUGCCAAGAAGUGGAAGGUCUUCUCUCCGAUCCGAAGGAUUCGAGACGAUGUUGGAACGAACGUGCUUGACUUAGCCUUCCUGCUGCUCGCUGAAGAGCGUGGUGUUACGCCCUGCAACAUUCAUCUGACAUUCCCCAAGGGAAAGGAUGCCCGGAACGAGAGCUUCUUCCACGAAAAGUGCACCAACAGCGAUUGGUAUGUCUCAUGGGGCUACGACGAUGAUAGAGAUAGCGCCGUGAUGACUGUUAUCAAUCCGGCAAGUGAUCGCCAUGCUUGGUUCGGAUGGGACAAGGUCAACAAGAGAGCUGAGCUUUUCGGCAGUUGCGGCCCCAGCAAGACGGAGACCAGAAGGGAGGAAUGA